CGCAGGCCGUUUCCACCGAGGAAAAGGAAUCGUAUCGUAUGUCCGCUAUCCAGAACCUCCACUCUUUCGACCCCUUUGCUGAUGCAAGUAAGGGUGAUGAUCUGCUUCCUGCUGGCACUGAGGAUUAUAUCCAUAUAAGAAUUCAACAGAGAAACGGCAGGAAGACCCUUACUACUGUCCAAGGGAUCGCUGAUGAUUACGAUAAAAAGAAACUUGUGAAGGCGUUUAAGAAGAAAUUUGCCUGCAAUGGUACUGUAAUUGAGCACCCAGAAUAUGGAGAAGUAAUUCAGCUACAGGGUGACCAGCGCAAGAACAUAUGCCAGUUCCUGGUAGAGAUUGGACUGGCUAAGGACGACCAGCUGAAGGUUCAUGGGUUUUAAGUGCUUUUGGCUCACUGAAGCUUAAGUGAGGAUUUCCU